ACAAACUACAAACCGUGGCUGCGCGCUCCCGCGAAGUAAUUCCUUGUAUCAGAUUGAGACGAGAGGAAGAGCGACUCGACUGGUCGGCAAAGCAACUCUGCUCCGGGAAACAUUGUAACUCCGACUGCAAGCCACAUACAACUGCAGGGAUGGCAGCAAUCCGCAAGAAGCUGGUGAUAGUGGGGGAUGGAGCUUGUGGAAAGACCUGCCUUCUGAUUGUCUUCAGCAAGGAUCAGUUCCCCGAGGUCUACGUGCCCACCGUGUUCGAGAACUACGUCGCUGACAUCGAGGUGGAUGGCAAACAGGUGGAGCUGGCUCUGUGGGAUACUGCGGGUCAGGAGGACUAUGAUAGGCUGAGACCUCUCUCCUAUCCAGACACUGACGUCAUCCUCAUGUGCUUCUCCAUAGACAGCCCCGACAGCUUGGAAAACAUUCCAGAGAAGUGGACGCCAGAGGUCAAACACUUCUGUCCCAACGUUCCCAUCAUCCUGGUAGGAAACAAGAAAGACCUGCGCAACGACGACCACACACGCCGGGAGCUGGCCAAGAUGAAGCAGGAACCAGUGAAGUCGGAGGAGGGGCGAGACAUGGCCGGCCGCAUCGCAGCUUUCGGCUACAUGGAGUGCUCCGCCAAGACCAAGGACGGCGUGCGGGAGGUGUUCGAGAUGGCCACCAGGGCGGCCCUGCAGGCCCGCCGCGGGAAGAAGAACAAUAAAUGUGUAGUGCUGUAAAAUAGCCGACACAUUUGGACUGUUUUCAACCCCCAGGGGCAACUGUUCCCAGGGGGCUAGGGCUCGAGAGGGGCGGAGGGGGGAUUACUAGACGGGAGAGGGAGGGAGAGACGGGGAGAAAAGAGUGCAGUAAAUGACUACCGCUGUAAAAUGGCUGUUUGUAGGACUGAAUUUGCCCUGGGACUUGGGUUUGGGAAGCUUCGAUGGACAUGGACAGGGGGGGGGAGAUUGGGGGUGGGGGGGCUGACUACCGCUGUAAACCAUUGGGCUCUUCAUCUGUUUGUCUUUUCAACAAGCCACUUACACUGAUAAACACAAUAAGGAGACGGCAGAAACUAGAAAGGUCUAGUUUCUGCCUGGAUGACUUGACAUAUGGAUAGGGGCAAACAGCACAGUAAAUGAGUUCCACUGUAAACAGCCACCAGUGGACUCUUCAUCAGGGGUUUCUACCUGGGAGAAGGGGGCGGGCAGUGUGAAGUUCGACAGGUGCUUUAGUUUCCUGGGGAGGAUAUUUGAACAGCCCCAAAAGUAGAUAAAUCACCAGUAAACAGUGAUCUUCUAUAAGCUUGCAGUUUAAUUGAAUUGAUUGGGUUAUUAUGGGACAGUCAGUCUCAGGUGUCGUGGAGCUACAUGCUCACAUGUCCAGCUCGGUGCCAUUUAGUCACGGCGGUCGCUAAUCCUGUGCUCGCAGUGACAAACCCAUCGAGCCGUACUCUUACUGAGGUGACCUGUCACAGAGCCGCCUCAUAGUGAAUGCUCUGUAUUUCACACAUUAAUGAACAGUUUGAAUUGAGAGAAAUGUGUCCUUAGCAAUGGCCUUAAUGUAAAACUACUUCCUGUGCAUCAUCACUUGAUCUGUAAAUCAAAUUGGCUUUCAUUGCCACCUGUAUUCUAUCUUCACAGUGCAGUGUUUCAGAGGAAACGUUUACUCCAUAUGAUAGGCAUUAAAGUACCCACACGCUGGUGAAUCUACUUCAGGAUUGUCUUCUUAAAUAUCAAAUUGAAGGAGGCAGGUGAUCUGUGUUCCCAUUGGAUGAUGAUCUUCAUAAGCUGACCAGACUCUGCUGCAUCUCAGCUCCCGCCCCUUCCUGUUCCACAGACUGCUGGUGCUCAUCUUCCUCUGGUCAUAGACCGGGACAAAGAACAAGGAGAGAAGAGGACCGUGUUUACACCACUGAUCUCCUUAUCUGGGAUGAACGACUAUUGAUUAUUUCUUUGUGUGCGCAUGUUUGAAGGUCAAAUGUAAAACAACCUAGAACUCUUGGAGGGGAAAUAAAGGUUAUCUACAAUAUACAUUUAUACUGGUCAGCUGUAGCCAUCUUCUUUAACAUGACACACGUGACACAUUAAAAAAAAAAAAAAUCCUGUGCAUGGUAAUUGAGUUGUCAAGUUAGGCAGCCAGAUAGAUGUUUGGGUUAAACGUGCUGAAAAUCUGUAUCACUAACUAGCACAGUGAGCAUUUAUCACCUGCUGUAUGUUGGAUAUUUUUUAUUUGGGGUAUUUCUUAAGGUCUUUCCAUUCUAAGAAUUGUAAGGGUGUGCAGAUAUAUUUGGGAUUCAUCAGCUACCAGCCUUCCUUGACUUGUCUGCGUGUUUAGCUGGCAGAUUCAGACCCUCCUGUUGUUCUUCCUGGCCUACAGGCUGUUCCAGAAACUUGGUCUCGUGUUUUUGUUUUUAUACUUUAUUUCCUGCUUUUAAAAAAAAGAAGAGAAACUCAUGUUGUCUUAUCAGUAUUUAAAAUAGGAGGUAUAAGACUAUGGGACUGCUUCUGUGUCGUAGCUUUAGUUUAUUCUACUUUUUGUGCUUUACCUGAUUUUUUUCUUUCUGAUGAUUUACAAUUGGUUGUAAGAACCCGUCAAUCAUCCCUGCAAAAUGCUGUUGUUAGGCAGUCAGGAGAAAGGCUGGCCUCUCGGCUGCCUGUCUAGAGCAUCGCCGGCUCUUUGUCUGUUCUUUGUUUUGAACACGGCUGAGAAGACAAAAAGGAAAAACAAUGCAAGUCUCCUUAUUAUGUACAAAUCAUUUUUAUUUCUACUUUUAUUGUAUUUUUCUUAAAUCCUGAUUUUUGGGUGCUGAAGCAGUGACGUAAACAAAGGAACAGGAAAACCAAGCUGUAUGCAAAGUCUGUAAAUAUGAAAUGUGGGUUUGUUCAUACUAGACUAUACACACGCACAUGACUGGAAACUAUUUGUAAACUAGCUUUGGUUUGUGUAAUAAAUUACUUUCUAUAACA